AUCAUCAUUAUCAACCAUGCUCCUUGAAGAAGACGAGCAAAAAUUCGAAUGGUUCGGCAAAGCAAUCGUGGGCUCGGUCUCAACCGGUGAAUCAGACCAUUAAUUUCAUGGAGUUUCCGUUGAUUUCCCGGGCCCCGAACCCUCCAACGACGUCGUUUUGUUCGGCUAGAGUCGGUCUCUGUGACUUGACUCUGAAGAAGAAGACGAAGACGAAGAAGAGGGUAGUGAGUGUGAGGGGUUCGGCGGAGAGGAGUGGUGAAGGAGGAGGAGAGAGAGAGGGUAGAGGAGGAGGAGGAGGGUACACGAGCUCUGCCAUGGAGGUGACCACAUUCAAUCGGGGGUUCGGCGAAGCUGAGUUCCCUGUUUGGGAGAAGAUUGGAGUUGUUGUUAGACUCAGCUAUGGAAUUGGCAUAUAUGGUGCGAUGGGUUUAGCGGGGAGGUUCAUAUGUUCCAUGACAGGAAUCGAUUGCUUGGGAGGUUUCUAUCCGUCAUUAGAUGCAAUUGUAGAAGGACUGGGAUAUGCUGCUCCUCCAAUUAUGGCUCUGCUGUUUAUAUUAGAUGAUGAAGUUGUGAAGUUAUCGCCUCAUGCUCGUGCUAUUAGAGAUGUAGAGGAUGAGGAGUUAAGGAGCUUCUUUUAUGGAAUGUCACCUUGGCAGUUUGUACUUAUUGUUGCUGCAAGCUCUGUUGGUGAGGAGCUUUUCUACCGGGCUGCUGUUCAGGGAGCAUUGGCUGAAAUAUUUCUGAGGAGCACUGAUUUGGUGACAGAUGCACGCGGAAUGGCAUCUUUGACGGGAGUGCUGCCUUCAUUCGUCCCGUUUGCUCAGGCAUUUGCAGCUGUGAUCACAGCUGCUCUUACAGGCUCUCUUUAUUAUGUGGCAGCAUCUCCGAAAGACCCUACUUAUGUAGUUGCACCCGUCUUACAAUCCCGCUCUGGCCGUGAAGAUCUGAAAAAGCUCUUUGCAGCCUGGUAUGAGAAGCGGCAAUUGAAAAAGAUAUACUCUCCCCUCCUAGAAGGACUUUUAGCCCUCUACCUUGGAUUCGAAUGGAUACAGACAAAUAAUAUUCUCGCACCCAUUAUCACACACGGCAUAUACUCUGCCGUUAUAUUGGGACACGGACUUUGGAAGAUUCAUGAUCACAGACAUAGACUACACCAGAGAAUCCAGCAACUGAAGCGAGAAGGAAAAAACUAUGGUAAAUUUUGAAGGAAAUUUGAUGAUCCUGCUAUAUGACAGAUAUAUAGAACCAAACAUAUUGUAUACGAAUAAUGUAGCAGUUGAAUAAGACUAUGAAUUUGUAUAGACAAGAUUUCCAUUGUCAAAGACGAUCUUGUAACCAAGAGACUCUCUAACAAAUUUUCACAUUUGCAUAUAUUACAUUUGUUUUUGGGACUGACCAUGUUUAUGUCA